AGGAUGAUUAUUAUUAUUUUUUAAUGUUUGAAACAUGGAAUAGGUUGAACAGAAGUGGGACAAGAGUUGUAUAUAUGUGUGUUCCGGCACAUAAAAAGUAUAAACGGGAAUGAAAGAGGGCAUGGUUGCACUUGCUAAAUGAUCAAUGGCUGGUAGUAUCUCUCGGUAUGGGUGAGGUCAAGGCCUAUAUAAAGAAUGUAGUUAAAGUUGAAUGCGUUGCCUGGAGUGGACGGCGCACAUAAUGUCAUCCAUAUAAUAUUUUUAAAAAGGGUGGCAUGAACGUAGUGAAUAGAAAUAGAUGAUAAUAAACAAGUAUAUCAGUAUGAUUAGGACAUCCUGCAUUUUGUGGGUCGUUGCAUUUGAUUGUUAAACAUUAAUCUGUUUUUUGUGAACGUGAAAAAGAGAGAGAAAGUGUUGUACCUGUUAUUUGUUUGUUUGCUAUGAGAGCACCAGGGAAAAACAAUGUGAAGAGUUAAGAAAAAGAGAUAUGAUGUUUAACCUUAGAAAUGUGCUGAGGACUAAAGAUCAGUUUGAAGCUCAACUUCAGUUUUUGAAAGAAACAGUGUUCAGAAAGAUAAUUUAGUGUUUCUUUGAUUUUAUUGGUUCCCUAGAAUUGUGCUUUGGGAACAAGCGUACUUUAUUCACACUCCAGCACAGUAGGUGUCGUAAUGCACCAUGUUCGACAGGGAAAAAGUGGAACUUCCUUGCCAAGACAAUUGUUCCUGCUCGGGAUCAAAUAACAGACGGACAUGUCCGUUUGCGAAAAAACAUACGUUAGAAACAUUUUGUUACUGUUGCAACAAUUAACGAUUCUCACGAACAGUCUGUUAUAAAUACAAUACUGUAUUGGUAAAUUACAUCUUGUAACGAAGUCUUAUUUCAGGGUACUUUGCUAAGCAUCGUGCCAACUGUGUUGAAUACGAUUUGAAGAAAUCCAUUCAAGAAACGUAAGUAUAAAUAUACGCUGUUGUGUAAAUGCUGGGAAAUAGGAUUGCUUUAGUCUAGACAGCUGAAAUUUGAUUCCAGAAAUGGCUAGCAGUCGCAGUGUAGACAUGGAUCCUGACGUUGCUCGGAGGCUGUUUCAUGAGGGGGCCACCCUGGUGUUGCUGGGAGUCCCUCAGGGCACAGAAUUUGGCAUUGACUGCAAGUGUUGGAAGGUUGGCCCCCGCUUUCGGGGUGUUAAGAUGAUCCCCCCAGGACUGCACUUUCUCCACUACUGCUCUGUCAAUCCACCGAGCUGUGGAGGAGAAGUUGGCCCAAAGACCGGCUUGUUCCUCAGUCUCAAACCCAGAGACAUCUUGUUGGCUAACUGGAACCCUAAAGAAGAGGAUCUGGACUUCUCUGCCUCCCAGAACGAGGAGGAAGUGAGCAGAAUCAGAGCGAACCUGCAGGACCUGGACCCUUACCUCGGACCUUAUCCCUAUGAGGUGAUGAGGAAGUGGGUGUCCCUCACGAACCGACUGAACGAGGAGGUGGCCAACAACUUGCAGCCGCUCUCGGGCCGGGUCUGUGCCUUCAGCGACGUUAUCCCCGAGACCAAUUUCCGACAUACCAAGGACCGAGCCGAGCAGCCGAGGAACGACACGGCCUGCCAGACCAUGAGGGAGGGACUGGACAGGCUUCCCAAGAUGAAGCUGCGGGAGGGGACACAAUUGCGCCUCUCUGUCAUCCCAGAGAAGACUUACCCACCUGGGGCCACGCCCGCCCAGAUCACACAGUGCAGCCUGGACCUCACCUACGCCCUGGAGACUCUGCUCGACAAGAAUUACCAGCAGACGCCUCUCGACCUGCUCGGUGAGCUGCAGUUUGCCUUUGUCUGCUUCGUGGUCGGAAACGUGUACGAGGGCUUUGAGCAUUGGAAAAGUCUUCUGAGCCUGCUGUGUCGAGCAGAGGCGGCCAUGCAGAGGCACAAGGAGCUCUACCUGGAGCUCAUUGCCGUACUCUACCACCAGCUGGGAGAAAUCCCUCCUGACUUCUUUGUGGACAUUGUGUCUCAGAACAACUUCCUCACUUCCACGCUGCAGGACUUCUUCCAGUUGGCCACUGGGCCCAGUGUGGACGAAGCGCUACGCAAGAGAGCAGAGAAGUUCAAAGCCCACCUUACCAAGAAGUUUUCCUGGGAUUUCGAUGCAGACUUGGACGAGUGCGCGCCUGUGGUGGUGGAUCUUCCCGAAGGUUUUACUGUGGACUGAUUUGACGCUCACUGGAAGAUUAGGCAAGCUCGAGCUUCCAUGUCAGAUAGGUGUCCCUCACCAAAGGCUGGUGUGGAAACCUGUACAUUGUUGUGGUCAUUGAUCUUUCAUCUUGUACACAACAUUGGUGCUCGGUGGUGGGUUACAGGUGUUGUCAGCAGUGUUUUUAAGGUCUCAUAUGAAACAUGUUAUAAUCUUUGCAACUUCAUGUCUAUAGAUCUGGAAUUUCCAGACAGUCUGUAUGCUUUCAAAGACGUUUCAUGUAAAUCUAAAAAUAAAAAGAAAUAACAAUAAACCAA